GUCGGCAGUCACACUGGAGAAGCGGAACGAAGCGGACGCAGAGCGAAAGAUACAGAUACUUUUCGGGGAAGCGAUACUUCUUCGUAUUCGUGCGUGGUUUCGUUUCGUCGAGAGAAAUUGCACAAGUUAGUGGAAAGAAGUGCACACUGUCGAGUGGAAUGCGUGCAGUGCCAUCGCAGAUCGAAAAGUGCAAUUAGUGUUCGCGAGUGAGUGUGUCUGUGUCUGUGUCACCCGACGUAGGAGAUAACGUGAAAAUAACGUGAUACAUAAUAUACAUACCUUCUGAAGCAAAACUAAAAUAUGCUUAAACUACGGUUUAGCCAAAUUGCCAACUAGCCAAAAGUAACGAGCACACCGAAACCAAAAAAGAGCCAGCAGAUCGAAAUAGAGAAAGCCACCAGAAGUCCACGCAAACAAGGACUUUGCCCCAUUUCGAGCUUCCAAUGGGUCAUCACCUUAGCAAGUUCUCAGCACGCGCCAAUAGCCAGGAAAAGAGUGAUCCGCCCGCCAGCUCGAGCACCAGGCAAUCCGUAGCACUAGUAGAGACGAUCGGACUGGACGAGGAGGAGCUGCAGGUGGAAGAGAUCCUCACGGAGGCCACAGCCGCCACAUCGCCGGCGGAAGUGCGUCAGAUCAUCAUCAAAAUCCAGCUGGCCAAAAUGGAGAAUGGCAAUUCGGUAGCCGCCGCCGGUGGUCAGGUGGAAAUGUUGGCGGAGCAGGAGGAGCAGCAGCGCCACUGCGAAGGUGGUGCCAUCGACGCCGCCUCCCUGUCUGCGGACUCGCUGAAUGCAAAUGGCCAGAUUGUAAAUGUGAUGCUGGAGGGUGGCCAUGGGGAAGUGGGCGUGGUGACAAAUCGAACUGCUGGCAGUUCGGCGGAAGCGCCAAAAACCGAGCGACAGCCCGUGAAUAACAACAAUUUAGCGGGAAGCGUCGGCGCUGCGAUAAGUACGUUACAACUGCACGACGGCCACGGCGACGUCGCCGACGAUGACGACCUGGAUGAGUCGCUGCUGCGUCGGCGUCGCAGUAACAGUAGCAGCAACAGCCGCAGCAACAGCCGCAGCAACAUCCACCACAACCACGAGGCCGAAGUCGUCGAGUAUUGCGAAGUGCUCGAGUCGCUGCCAGUCAGCAAUAUGUUGUCGGCGGGAACGCAACACAGCAGCAAGCAAGUUUCCAGAAGCAAUAAUAGCAACAGUUGCUGCCGCAGUCGCAGCAGUAAAGCGCUAUCAAUGGGCGCAGCAACAUCCUCCGCCUCCGGAUCCGGAUCCGCAUCCACAUCCACGCCCACAUCCUCGAAGCGGCGGUGCUGCAAGUGCAAGUGCCGCGACGCCUUCCGAGGAUUGAGGGACAUGCUGCCGAGCAGCAGUUCCGUGGGCAAUAAGAAGGAUGCCGGUGGUGCGGUGGCGACGGUUCCGAGGAAAUCCCGGCCGGCAGACCGCCGCUCCACACCGCCCACGCUGGGCACAUCGUAUGGGAGUUCCCAGCACCGUAUGCAGAGUCAGAGGAAGCGCAAUUCCGUCGCCGUUCCGGACGCGAGCCAUCACCAUCAUCAGGUCAUCAUUCGGAUUACAUCGCCGCGCUUUGUGGUCGAGUCGCCCAACGGCGGUCGGGUAACUGUGGUCACCGAGCCCGCCGCCCAGUCGCCCCAAACUCCCCCUCAGCCACGCCCCCUGGCCUCGGUCGCCCCCGCCGGAGUGGCAGGCGGCCAUGCCGGAAUCGGAGCCCGCAACAUGACCGUGCACUCGCAAAUCGACUUCAUGCACUGCCUGGUUCCCGAUCUGGAGAAGAUCACGAACAGCAGCUUCUACUGGGGCAAGAUGGACCGCUACGAGGCGGAGCACCUGCUCGAAGGCAAGCCGGAGGGCACGUUCCUGCUGCGGGACUCCGCCCAGGAGGAGUUCCUCUUCUCGGUCACAUUCCGCAAGUACGGCAGGUCACUGCACGCCCGCAUCGAGCAGAGCGGUCACAAGUUCAGCUUCGACUGCCACGAUCCGUGUGUGUUCACGGCGCCCACGGUGACAGGACUUUUGGAGCACUACAAGGACCCCGCCUGCGUGAUGUUCUUCGAGCCCUGCCUGACGAUACCCCUCCACAGAAGGCAGACCUUCUCCCUGCAGCAGCUGUCCCGGGCGACCAUUGUGUCCAACACCAGCUACGAUGGGAUCAACCAGAUGGAGCUGCCUGGUCGGCUGAAGAGCUACCUCAAGGAGUACCACUACAAGCAGAAGCUGCGCGUCAAGCCCAUCGACCAGAACACCCCGGUGCCGUACUAUGGCGAUGUAUAGCGGGAGGA